ACUAGUUACUCCAAAUACGCAAUGUAUGGUGGACGUGGUACACUAAAAGCUUGCAAUUUUGUGCACAACGAUGAAAUCUGGAAAGACCAUGUUCAAAUGGAAAUUGUGGCGCAGAGAAAAUGGCCAGACAGAUGGGGAUUCUUUGCUGAAACUUAUGAUCAGCUCGAGCAGAGCCUUGAAGAGAUUGGAGACGAAAUCCCACCCAAUGCCAAGGUCAAGAAUACCACUGCUGAUCUAGCAACGCGGGCUUUUGAAAUCUAUGAUUUUAAACCCGAAAAAAGUGGAAAAAACCCCAACGAAAAAUUCCCAGAGACAGACAGUAAGCAUAUUGGCUGGCGGCUGAACUUUAAAGCGCCAAUAUCACAAUACAUAAUUAAGAGUACUGGAAAAAAAGACAUUCUUAGACAAUUGGAGUGGCCUGCGGAAAGUCUUUAGGAAAAACUGGACGAAAAGAAUAGUGACCGUUAAGGCAGAUUUCACGAUCCUUCAAUAAAGACUUCAUUUUCAU